GUUGCCUCUUUCUAGUGGUCCUCUGGAUUUUUGCAGCCCUGAUGCUGGUGCUUUUGUUCCUGGUUAUUCUUCUUAAUUUUAAAUGGGUGUGGUGGUUUUACCUUCUGAGAUGUUUUGCAGGACUCACAACUUGAAUGGAAAUUAUUGCAGUAAUAUGUGGGACCCUGUGCGGAUAAUUAUAUCAACCACGUUGGAUGGAUUUGCAAGAUUUUGGCAUGGUUAUGAGCUACAUGGCACAGAAAACAUACCAGAUGGGCCAGGCCUAAUUAUUUAUUAUCAUGGAGCAGUUCCUAUGGACUACGUGUACUUUUUGUCUAGAUUAUUUAUUGAGAAGCGCAAGUGUUGUUAUUCAAUAGCAGAUGACUACCUUUUCACAUUUCCAGGUAUUAAAGCAUUAACUGGUGUGACAGGUAUUAUACAAAAUAGAAAGGAAGAGUGUUUAAAUGUUCUAAAGAAGGGCAAGCUACUCGGAAUUUCUCCAGGAGGAAUGAGAGAAGCACUUUUUAGUGAUAAUUCAUACAAGCUUGUAUGGCAUAAGCGUAAAGGUUUCGCUCAGUUAGCUAUAGAUACUAAAGUGCCUAUAAUCCCAAUGUAUACACAAAAUAUUCGGGAAGGAUUUAGGAUCCUCGGACAAACAACUUUAGCUAGGAGGCUAUAUGAAUAUGUUCGAAUCCCCAUCAUCCCUCCAUGUGGUGGAUUUCCAGUCAAAUUUCGUACUUACAUUGGAGAACCCAUUCCAUAUAAUCCCAAUAUAACUGCUGUGGAGUUAGCUGCAAAGACCAAAAUUGCACUCCAAUCAUUAAUUAAGAAACACCAGCAAAUUCCUGGAAGCAUUUGUCAUGCUUUAAUGGAAAGAUUUCACAAAGAAAAGAAAAAGGAGUAAAUUGGACAGAUGCUAUGAUUAGGCAGAGUGAGGAAGGAUCUGCCAUCACCGCCACAAAGACACGCUGCUGAGUGCCUCCAACACCUCCCAGCCUCACCAAUGGCGCCAGCUCUGUUGCUGUUGCUGCUACUAGCCACCGAACAGUUGAUUGGCAUGCCAGCUAUUCCUUUGCAGACAGCUACUAUUUUUAAUUUAUCAAUGUGGCCCUUUUCCAUCUACAAGUUGUACAGGGCUGAUGUAGAAGACUGUGCUAAUAGUCUUCAUAUUGAGCUUAGCAGACAUUUAGUCUCAGCUAAGAUGCAUGAAAGAUGAUUGUGUGAAAAGAGAUGAUCUAAAGCUAGUUUCAGUGAAAACUGAAGCUGGGCUUUGUAAGAGAUGUUGUAGACAUG